CGUCCACUAAAACGUCCGUAUUGUUAUCACAGAGCAAGCCACGUGUGUGUUCCCAUCGCACUCGAGGCUGGUCAACGUGAUCGGAUUUCAUUCCUGUGUUCUCGCGAAAACUAUAGCCUUUGAAGUCCGAUCGGUGUAUAUAUAUGUCUGUGGAAGAGCGGCUUUCCUUUGUCACGAACAACCUCUAUUUCUCCGAUUUCUCUUCACAGAAUGGUCCUUGAAUCUGGUGUAGUGUUUUGCCUUCCGGACACUGUGGCUGACUGGCCAUGGCCCCGCAAAAUUAAUCCCUAUUAUGAAGAAGUGAAGGUCGAAUCGGAAGCAUGGUUUCGCUCUUUCAAGGCGUUUUCACCAGAAGCCCAACGUGCAUUUGAUCGCUGUGACUUCAGUUUGCUAGCUUCCUUGGCAUACACAACGGCAACUAGAGAACAACUGCGUACUGGAUGCGACUUGAUGAACUUGUUUUUUGUUUUCGACGAGUACACGGACAAUGAAACUCCCGAAGUAGUCCGUCAAUAUGCUGAAAUUGUGAAGGAUGCGCUUAGAAACCCCUUCAAACCGCGACCCAGCAAUGAAGUUGUUCUUGGACUUGUUGCACAGCAGUUUUGGGCUCUUGGUAUCAAAACUUCCAGCAUCACUGCUCAGAAGCGCAUCGUUGAGACUUUUGGACGUUAUAUGGAUUCCGUAGUCACACAAGCAGAGGAUCGGCAUCAGCGCCAUACCCGGAAUGUCAAAGAUUAUUUUGAAAUCCGUCGAUUUACCAUUGGGACUGGCCCGUCUUAUGCGGUGCUAGAGCUGGACUAUGACUUACCUGAUGAGGUGUUUUAUCAUCCAACCGUCGUUGAACUGGGGCGCUUGGCUUGUGACCUGAUAAUCAUUGACAACGAUCUUGCUUCGUAUAAUAAGGAGCAGGCGUCGGAAGAAUAUCCUCACAAUAUCAUUGUCUGUGUCAUGAACGAGCAGAAAUGUGAUCUCGAUGAAGCACUAUCAUGGGUGGAAGAUCUUCACCGGUCGAUCAGGACCAAAUUUCGAACGUUAUGGGAGGAAAUACCGAAGUGGGGACCCGGAAUAGAUGAUAUCGCAUCUCUUUACCUUGACGGUAUCGCAAACUGGGUUCGCGCCAAUGAUUGCUGGAAUUUCGAGAGUGGGCGGUACUUCGGGUCGAAUGGUAAAGCCAUUCAACAGCACAGGAUGGUCACUUUGAUACCUAAUCAACUUUCACUGGGCGAGCCCAUUCUGAUACACACGCAAUAAACCGUUAUAUUGUUACCUAGUCGCAUUAUUUAUUCGGGCUAUGCUAGACUUGUUUGGGUAUUUGGCAAUUGCAGUAUUUGGCAAUUGCUGGACAGGGUACCAUGGUAGGCAUCUGGAAACAAACGACCGACAAAUUGACGC